GGAUUUGACCAUCACCUCCGCCCGGGGCGACGGUCGUGUGCGGAACGGCCCUCCUGCAACCCACCUCCGUGACCGCGUUCUUCUGGCGUGUGUUCGAAUACCCGACGGCGCGAGGCUGGUCAAAAGCCUCCCCAGAUCACAAUGUCGGAAUCUACAGCUCCUCCCCCGACACCCACGCGCACCCCGCUGGUCAUCACCUCCUUCCCGACAAUCCCGCUGACCACGACCUUCACCCGCGGCACCGACUGCGGCGGCAUCUACACCCCAUACCGCCCGGCCGUCUUCAUCAUCGACAACGAGCUCUCCUGCUUGCCGUCCAGCUUCUCCACCUCGGACUCGUCAUUCUUCUACUCCCCGGGAAUCGCCUGCCCGUCGGGCUACUGGACCGCAUGCCACGACACGACGGGCGUGUCGUCCAUCACGACCGUCACCUGCUGCCCGACCUACGCCGACAUCUCGCUGACGUGCGCCCCCAGCCCGCUCUCGCUCACCGAGGCCUGGGAGAGCAUCUUCUGCACCUGGGUCGCGCCCCGCUCGCCGGGCACCGUCAUCACCGUGACCAAGUCGGCCGACGGCGGCCGCACCUCCACCGUCAAUGCGGGCCUCACCUUCCCCGGCGGCCUGAACGCCUACGGCGUGAGGAUGGUCUACCAGGCGAGCGAUAUGGAAACGGCCACCUCCUCCGCCGCCUCCUCCGACGGGUCCGGCGCGCCCGUGCCGACCACCUCUUCGACAGCAGACCCGACGGGCUCUUCCUCCCCCGGCGCGUCGGACGAUCCCGACGUCGCAGAUUCGAACUCCGGGCUCUCAGUGGGCGAGCAAGCGGCCAUCGGCGUGGUGGUGCCCCUGGCGGUGAUAGCGCUGCUGAUCGGGCUGGCGCUCUGGUGGCGCAGGCGGAAGCGGCAGCAGCAACUGCCGUCAGCAGCGAAGGAGGCGCCGACUUAUGAUUACGCGUUAGCAGCCCCGGGCGCGUACCAGCCCGGGGCGGAACAUGUCGCGCCGAAACCACCGGGGGAACAGCAACAACACUAUUACUACGGUGGGCAGCCGCAGCCGCAUGAGAUGCCGACGGCUUGGACGCCCUCCGAGAUGCCCAGCAUGACGUCGGCCGCGGAGUUGCCGGGGCCGUCGCCGAAUUAUCAUCCGGGGAACCCGAAUUUUCCGGAUAGCCCGAGCAUUCCGAGGUGAAGGGGUGUUCAGAUAGUGGGUUAGGGGGAUGGUAAUUUGUAUUUUGGUAAUGUGGUUGGGAGCGUUUCUGGUGUCGGUUGGUAAACAUAUCGCGUUGGG